ACUCACCACGAACGAACCCUACUCGUUCACUCUCCAAAAACCCUUUGAUUUGUCGCCCCCCCACCAACCUGCCUGCGUCGGACUUGCAAGCUCCGCCUCUUCUCCGUCUCUUCUCCGUCUCUCUCUCUCUCCGGUGACGUUCUUUAAGGUAACAAUUCGAUGAUUCACCACACCUUUCUAUUCAGUGACGACGGAACUAAUAAAUUAGACUUUCCCUGAAUUGGUUAUGUUUAGCUUUUAGCAUGAUGCUGAAUUCAACCUAUUUCACUACCAUUCUCUUCACUUCACUUCGCACUUCAUCAUCCUCCACCAAAACCUUCCUCCUUCUCUACCCUUACACAACUUUCUUCGCUCGCACCCACUUCAAAACACUCCACAAACUCCCAACCUUCAACGACACCGUUUCAUCUUUCAACCACUUCCUCCACCUUCGUCAACCACCACCCAUUCAAGAAUUCAACAAGCUCUUAUCAACAAUAAUCAAACACAAAUGCUACAACAACGUCCUUUCUCUAUAUUGUAAAUUGGAAUUUAAGGGAACUGUAAAACCCUCGCUCGUCACUAUGAGUAUAUUGAUCAAUGCUUUUUCUCAAUUGGGUCAAAUGGGUUUUUCUUUUUCAGUUCUUGGGAAGAUUCUCAAGAUGGGUUUUCAGUUAGAUGUUAAAACGCUUACUACAUUGAUGAAAGGUUUGUGCUUGAAAGGUAGGGUUUUGGAGGCAGUUAAUUUACUUGAUGAUUUUGUUUCUAAAGGGUUUAGGUUUGACGAGGUUUGUUAUGGGACAAUUAUUAAUGGGUUGUGUAAAAAUGGUAAAACAAGAGAUGCUAUUGACUUGUUUCCUAAGAUGAAGAAGAUUAGGGUUUACCCUAAUUUGAUUAUGUAUAAUACUGUUAUUGAUGGUCUUUGUAAACAAGGACUUGUAGAUGAGGCUUGUGGUUUGUGUUCUGAAAUGGUUGCUAAUGGUAUUGGUCUUGAUGUUUACACUUACAAUUCUCUUAUACAUGGUUUUUGUUCUGUUGCUCGGUUUGGAGCUGCGGCUAAGUUGCUCGAUGAAAUGGUUGUGAGGGGGAAUAUUAAUCCGGAUAUUUAUACUUUUAAUAUAUUGAUUGAUGGUUUGUGUAAACUAGGAAGGGUUACUGAAGCUUACCAUGUGGUUGCUGUGAUGAUUAAAAGAGGUCGAAAGCCUGAUGUUGUUAGUUACAAUGCUUUGAUGAAUGGUUAUUGUUUGUGUGGAAGUGUUGUCGAGGCUAAACAAGUGUUUGAUAAGAUGAUGGAGAGAGGUUCUUUGCCUAAUGUUAUUAGUUAUUGUACUUUGAUUAAUGGAUACUGCAAGGUUAUUAUGGUGGAUGAAGCCAUGAAGCUAUUCAUAGAAAUGCAUAAGAAGAAUUUAGUUCCUGAUACUGUAACUUAUAAUUGUCUUCUUGAUGGUUUGUCGAAAUCAGGAAGAACAUUGUACGAGUGGGACUUGGUUCAGGCCAUGCAUGCUAGUGGACAACCACCUGAUUUAAUUACUUACAACAUAUUGUUAGAUGAUUAUUUAAAACAUGAACAACCUGACAAGGCACGUGCAUUGUUUCAGCACAUUAUUGAAAUUGGGAUUUUGCCAAACAUACGCACGUAUAAUAUACUUCUUGAUGGUCUUUUCAAAAGUGGAAGAGUAAAGUAUGCAAAAGAGAUUUUUCAACUUCUUCCUGACAAAGAAUGUCAACCAAAUGUCCGAACAUAUAACAUUAUGAUCCAUGGGCUUUGUAAACAGGGUUUUUUAGAUGAAGCGGAGGCCUUACUUUAUAAAAUGGUAGACAAUCAUUGCUUUCCUAACUAUAUAACUUUUGAUACCAUUGUUCGUGCAAUUUUGGUGAAAUAGUGGGAAUUGUUAGGGGAAAGAAACUUCUUCAAGGAACGGUUGCUUGGAGGUUUAUGGGAAAAUGACAUGAAAGAUGACAAGAAGUAUACAAAGAUGGGUUGUGAGUGUGUAUGGCAGAAGAUUUUGCUCUGCUGGGCUAAAAUCUGGGCUUAGAUCCUGUUAACUAGCCUCUUGUACAACAAGAAUAUGAAGGUUUAGAAGAUCCAUUGGUGGACCUUUACAUACUUAAUUUCUUAAACCAGAAGCAGACCUGAAUGUCCUAAAAUAAAGUACCGCUGUCUGAUACAAUGAAGAAUAUGAUUUCACCUAUUCAAAGUGUUGUGCCAUCUCCUACUUUUCUAUGGAGGUUUAAGGUCUGUUAGUAUAUUAUGUAUAGUCUGCAUAGAAUAUUGUUGUGCUGUAUGUUUUAAUUGCAAGCUAUUCUUUUGUUGCAACAUUUUUGUUAUACCGAUGUUAGAAUUCCUUGGUGAUGUUAUCCAAACUCAAUUUUAUAAGUAAUUUUAUUUUCUGGAAAAUAAUAUUUUUGUUCCGUCUUAAAUUUUAAAUAUCUUGAAGCAUCUGAUUGGUGUCUAUUUAAUUAUGUUCCUAUCUUAGUUGCAUGCAUUUCUUUAAUUUAUCUGUUUUUUAACUCCUAGUGUUCAUGUCUUUUUUCUCUCUUCAGGUACGUACUAGUGAACAUCUCUUGAGAAAUUUCCUCAACAUUUACCUAUUUCAAGCCAAAAAUUAACUUUUUUCUGCUCUUGCAUCAGAUUAGUUGGGAAUUCAGAUAAAAGGAAAAUAAUAAAUAAUAAGAACUUUGAAUGUUGUGUCAACGACAUGGUUUGAUGAUGCCAAUACCGUAGAUUUAGAGCAUAAAUCCAUAUGCGUUUUUAUAUAUUAAUUGCAACUCUUGUAUUAUUUUCAUUGUAGCACUUGGAUGAUAAUCCUUGUCCCUACUAACAUGACUUCUUAAAUCUUAUCUCUAUUCUCACGGGGAAGUAUCGUUGGCUGCAUCUCGACCAGUGCUUCUCUACAUUUUUGUUGCAAUGGUCAUGAUCUUUCCCUUCAAUAUUUUCUAUUUGUCCUCUCGGUAAUUUUUUUUUCGAGGACACUCUUACGGAUAACUUUCCCUUUGCAGCCAAUUUCGUUUCCCGACUUUUUCUUUGCUGAUAUUUUAAUCUCCAUGGCAAAGGUGUUUUCAGAUUUGGAGCUUUCGGUUUGUUGAAUGAUAAACAGACAGGUUGCUAUAAUUGCUUGGCUUGAAGCUGAUUCAGUUUGUGUAGUCACUCAAUUGCAAUACCAAUUGUUCUUGUUCUUCCUUAUUUGUGGUGUAUAUUGCAAUGUGCCACUACAAAGAUACCAAAGGAAAAAAUUGUCUCUUCACUGGUAAUUGCUCUUAGCAACUUUUAUCUUGGAUUUCCUAAAAAUGUAACAUGUUCCUGGACAAGAAUUCAGUGUUCAUUUUGACAAAAUUUAGUUUCUAUUUGAAUAUUCUUAGAUUUUGGACUUUAGGCCUAAAUCAAUCCUAAAACUAGUCAAGAGGUGAAGAUUUAACAAACCUUACAAUGACAAAUUUGUCCAUACCUAUAGUCAAUGUGGGAUCUCAACUCACCUUCUCACACUCAGUACUGAACAUAUGAAGUAUGAACAAAUGGGACCUGAUAAUUGUGUGCGAGUUUGAUGCCUGAGUAGAGUUCAAGACAGUGAGUCACUCUUGUUGAAUUGGAAUCUUGCUAUGCUAAGGUUCAAGUCGUAGACACCCCUGCUUAUGCACAAUCUUAUAGAAGCGUCCUACGAUAUUUUGGAAUUUUUCUUUUAAAUUCAAGUGGGGGAUUGUUGCAAGUUGCAACAGAGAAACACAAUAGUGUGUGAAUUGAAAAUAAAAAAAAUCUACAGUCCCACAUCGGGAAAUAGAGAAUACUAGUUGUGUAUUUUGAAAAAUAAUAUUAAGCCUCACAUAGGUUAGAUUACACACAUUAUUUAUUUCUCAAUAGUAUAUAAAUGUUACGGCU